CUGAUGGAACACGAGGGGUAAGGCUGCGUACCUAACCUGGUUACUUACCUAUUUAUUUGCAUAACAUAAUAAUACCGGCAGCAAGGCAAGCUUGAUAAUCCUGUCGCGGACGCAUCGACAAGUUACAAGUCAUUCCGUAGGACUUAUGAAAAAUACAAUUAGAAAAAGCAAACUUGUCACAAUCAACCAAGCGCAUCUACAACUUCCUUGAACCCCUCCGUCAAAGCUUCCUCACCACCCUCAUCGUUGCCUACCUUCCUUCUCUUUACAACUUUUUCGUACGCUUCACACCACCACCACAAACAUCACCCAUCCUACCGUCUUUUCUUCUAUUCUCAACCUCCAAACCACCAAACCACCAAACCACCAAAUCAUAAUAUCAUUUGACAACCUGCUUGAACCCGAAUUCGGCACUAUUGUCAUCAUGGCAUCCACCGACAAGAAAAACGAAAUCACUGAGAAGGAGGCUCUAGUGCUUGCCAUGGCUUGGAAGUGCUUUAAGACUCCCCCCGAGGUUGACUAUGACAAGCUCGCCAAGCUUACAAACUACACCAACACCAAAAGCGUGCAGAAUGUCCUCUACGCGGUGAAGAAGAAAAUUGAGAAUGGUGACGAGGGUCCAGCCACGCCUGCCAAGCGUACCCCCAAGGCCAAGGUUACUCCCGCCUCACGCAAGCGCAAGGUUGCUCGCAACGAUGAGGAGGAUGGUAACGAUCCCAUCACUUCGACUCCGAGAAAGCGCGCUCGUGGCAAGAAGCUAGCUCUCUCCAAGGAGACCGUCAAUGAUGAUGAUGAUGACUCUGAGUCUGGAAAGAAGGAUAUCACACAGGAGGAUGACAUGGAUGAGGAAACUGGCGAGGGAAUCGUAGACUAAUGUCCAAUGAAUCAUUGAUAAACUCGCGAAUCACUUAGGGAGCA